AUGGCAGACGAUAAUAUCCGAGACUCCAUUGUGGAAGAUGUCCUCAUCCCCAAGGAACUACUGACAACGGCCAAAUUCAACUCGCCAUGGGAAUUGGCCCGAUGGGAACAGUCACUUCCCGACAACAAUCGUAUAUCUAUACCGGCGCCUCGCCCUCGCACUUCUUCCAAUCGGCCUCUUAGUCUCUCUGCCUUGCGAGCAGUAGCAAGACCUCGGUCUGCAAUUCGGCCCCGUGGAUGCAGUGAUCCGCCUAAUUUUCAAGGCAAUCCAUUCGAUUACUUUGCAAAGCCCGCUACUUACGAGCCCGCUUCUCCAAUCCCGGAGAAAGAACCCAUAACGCCUGUCCAGAAUGCAUUUCUCAGUCCACCGCCAUCUAGCAAUGCUAGCUCUCCUACCAUCAGCAGUGAGCAAAGCAGCUUGCAAGAAGUGUACGAAAAGGCCAAAUUGAGAGGGGUGGCUAUUCAACGGAAGCAUUGGGUACGGCUCUUGUUUGAAUAUAGCAUCUAUCUAUUCCUCGUUCUCUUUGUCUACUUCGUCCUUGUUGGAAUGCCACUGUGGAAAGGCGCCGUGUGGUGGCUUUACUACGUUAUUCGGACCAAGUUCGUCAUCCAAGGAGGAUAUGCAAUUACCAUUGGUCUGGCUGCACUAUACGCAUUCUGCCCUCUUAUGAUUCUCUUCGAGAAAGAUCCCCAGCCAAGUUCGGAAACCGCACCACAAUCAGAAUCACCAGACCUGGAAGGAAAUAUGUCAAACGUUGAAUCAACUGCCCUGCUCAUCCCCUGCUAUAAAUCAGCAACAAUCAUUGAGCCCACACUCAAAGCAGCCCUGGAGAUCUUCCCGAAGAAAAACAUCUUCGUCAUUGCCAACGGCAACUCCAAAACCCCUCUUGACAACACAGAAGAAGUCUGCAAACCCUAUGGUGUAAACCACCUCUGGGUGCCCAUUGGCUCCAAGAUCGUCGCCCAGUUUGUAGGCUGCUACGCGGCUAAAGACUUUGAAAAUGCAGUCCUAAUUGAUGACGACUGCCUCCUGCCCCCGAAUUUCCCAGUCGUCAGCGACAGGCUGAAAGGCACAGUCAAGUGUCUCGGAUACACAAUCAAAAGCGUCGGCCCCAACUCCUCCAAGGGAACCUUCUGUCAACAGGCACAAGACCUCGAAUACAAGAUGUCCGGCAUCCAGCGCGCAUUCUUUGGCAAGAUCGGAAGUGCGACCUUCCCACACGGUGCAAUCUCACUGUGGAAUAUCGAGUUCCUGAAGCAGACGUUCCAUGAGCACCCCGGCUUCUCCGUGUCGGAGGACUGGUUCUUCGGCGAUGCAUGCCGUCGUCUGGGUGGGCGGAUUACCAUGUGUUCGCAGGUCUUUGUGGAGACCGAGACGCCUGCUUCGGUGUUCUUCAGCGGUAGUGGCAGCCGUGGUGGGUUUGGAGAGAUGACUAUCUUCCAGCAGCGAUUUAAGAGGUGGAAUUUCUUCUUCGUCGUGGGCAUGUACUACGAUCUCAAGUAUAUCCUGACUAGUUGGAAGCUUGGGUGGUGGGAGUUUGGUGCGAAGUUGUGUGUGUUCCAAGAGGUUUACGAAACUCUCAUCUACCUCUUUGCGCCUUUCGUCCUCCCCAUCUCCUUCGUCGUACGCCCGUCAUUCUGCGGGAUGCUCUUAGGCGUGACGAUCGGGAUGUACAUCAUCAACGUGAUCAUUUUCAACGAGAUCCAUCUCCGUCUGAAAAGGGAGCGGGUGGACUGGAAAGUCUUGCUGUUCUACUAUACCUUCUAUAAGAUCGCAUUAACGGUGAUCAACGUGUUCAGCUGCUACUGGUCUCUGUACAAGUAUGCGCGAUACUUUGCACAGCGGCAUCCGAAGGUGAUUGAAGACCGGGAUGCCGUGGAAGUGCUUCUUAGUCUUGAAAAGGACGAGAAAGAGAGUGAGGACGAUGUGAUCCCGCUGGAUGGGGUUGGUGCACUGGGACGGGGAUUGGGGAGGAAGUUAACUCUGACGAAGGUCAAGACUGGGAAGAGGAUGUCAACACUGUCAACGUCGGGAGGAUGGAUUUGA